UAUUCUCAUCUGUGAUUUGUCAUAUUUACAUCUGUGGUUAACCUCAAAAUAAAAAGAAAAUUACAUUAUAUUUUUAUUGUAUAUUUUUGUCAUUCCUUGAUUGAAUAAAAUAAUAAUUAUAAUAUACAUAACAUGAAUUCUAGUCGUCUACUUAGAUCAACAUGUAUAACGCUAAUUCAAAGGGCAGGAUUCAAAUAUUUCCCAGCUCCGAAAAAUUUCGACCAUAUUGAAAUACCGGAGAAAACAAGGUUGAGGUUUAUUGAAAAAGUUCCACAAUUCACUCAAGGUAUAAGGGCCCCAAAAAUGCAGAAAAAACUCAGAUUCAUGCGAGGCCCUGAGGAAGUUCACAAUACUCUCAUUCAUAAACAAUAUGGAAUCAUGGCGUUAGGUGGUGGACGAAUGAAAUGGCAGCAUUUCGACAUGUUACGUCUUUCAACAGGUAGAAAAUUGGACAACAAUAGAAUGUUUGCUGUAUGGCGAGUUGAUCCACCUUGGCAGCCUGUGACAAAAAAAGGACAAGGACAAAGAAUGGGAGGAGGUAAAGGAGCUAUCGAUCAUUAUGUCAGUCCUAUUAAAGCUGGCAGGAUAAUUUUUGAGGUUGGAGGAAAAUGUGAAUAUGCAGAAGUGCAAAAAUUAUUGGAGGACCUAGCUAAGAAGAUGCCGUUCAAAGCUAUGGCAGUCUCCCAAGAAAUUCUGGAUAAAAUGGCUGCUGAUGAAAAGUGGGAACUGGAGAAUAACAAGAACAAAUUCACAAUGAAAUAUAUGAUUCAAAAUAAUAUGGGAGGUUGUCACAGGUGGCUAUCUCCUUUCGAUUUCAAAUUUUUAGGAAAGUAUCUUUAAGUCAAUAAAUCCGUUCAGUAAA